AAUGCUCAUUUGACAAAUUUGGGGUUUGAAAUGCCAAUCAAAUCAACCAAAAAUUUUGCUCUGCAUCAAAGUAAUAAUUUCAUUUGGACAGCCAUGCGAGAAAAGUCAGCUUCCAGAACGUUGUCAGGCUCAAUAGGUAAUUUGGUGGACCCCGUUUUGGAUCUGAACGAUGAGCAGAAGUUGCUACAGUAUCUACCACAUGUUUCAAAAUACCAAGAUGACAUGUUUUCCGGUAGAAGUCUGCCAGUACCUCCGCUGGACCGAACACUGCCAAAAUAUUUGCGGACACUGCAACCAAUUUUGGACCACAAACAGAUGGAAAAGGCUAAAAAGAUUGCUUCUGAGACGAGCACGGACACCGUGGUGCAGAAGUGUCAGAAAUAUCUGGAAGAAAGGGCCCAAAAAUCACCAAAUUGGCUGGCUGACUGGUGGCUGAAUGCGGCCUACUUGUCCUUCAGAGAGUCAGUGGUGAUCAAUGUCAGUCCCGCUUUUGUAUUCCGCCUUCCUCCCUUUCCCAAUGUGCACAGUUGGAUAGAGUGUGCCACUCAGUUGGCGUGUGGACAGCACAUGGCCAUACAACACAUACAGAGCCCGGAGUUUGUUGACUCGUUUCGAAAGACAGCGGAGAAGUCCGGCGAUGGCGUUGGUCCCUGUCUUAUCCAGUACUACAGACUGUUCAAUGCUUGCAGAGUGCCUAGAGAGGGAGUGGACGGUUAUGUAGUGUACCCCAAUGGAGCCCCGAAUGGACCCACACAUAUCGUUGUCAUGUGUCAGAAUAAGAUGUACUCUGUUGACAUUCUGGACAGAGACAGGAAGUUGUUAAGUGGGGAUGAGAUCUUCAAGCGACUCAUGGGAGUUUACAUGUCAUCGUGUCUUCCACCGGAGACGAAGACAGAAGCUAUGAAUGAGCAGACGCCUGAUGUUCCCAUUGGCAUUCUGACGUCACAACAUAGAGAUACGUGGACUGACCAGUACACACAAUUAGCCUCAGAUCCCCACAACCGAGAAGUUCUCCGUACGAUCGAAUCCAGUAUUUUCAUGCUCUGUUUGGACUAUGACCCUCCUGAAAAUGAGUCAUCGAACACUAGAACUAUUGAUGUGACUGAAAGUAGAGAGAAGUUGUCGGAGUUAAGUGGGUUUUCGCUUCACGGAGGGGGAUCGAACAAGCACUCGUGUAAUAGAUGGUUUGACAAGACAAUUCAAGUAAUCGUAAGCAUGUCGGGAACCUUUGGUGCGACUCAAGAGCAUAGCACAGCUGAGGCAAUUGCGCCCACCGAGAUCCAUGACUCAUCAUUGUCUCAUCACUUCUCAAAUCUAAAAAAAGACGUUCGUCUGAGUGCGUCAGUUGCAGUCGAUGCUGAAGAAUGUUCUGCACUUGUGACUCGCCUCCAAUUCAACACUGAUGUCAUUCCAGACAUAUCCAGUGCGGUGGAAACAGCUAAGCAACAUCUGGAUCAGCUCAUCGGUGGUCUCGAUCUGAAGGUGUGUGUAUUUGACUCGUUCGGCAAGAAUACCAUCAAACAGUUCCAAUUCAGUCCUGAUGCAUUCUUCCAAGUGUCACUGCAACUCGCCAUGUUCAGAUAUCUGCAAGACAAGUACAACGUGGAUCCUGAUGAGCAGUUGUUGGUUCCAACUUACGAGAGUGGAUCUUUGAGGAACUACAGGUGGGGAAGGACAGACACUAUCAGAUCUGCAACUCCUCAGGCACUUCAAUUCGCAAGGGCUGCUGCAACUUUAGACUAUACAGACCCUUCGCUGCCUCUGCUUCUUCUAGAUGCUAUCAGAGCCCACUCUGAGUACACGAGGGAAGUGAUGAAAAUGGAGGGAGUAGACAGACACCUGCUGGGACUGAAGCUGGCACACAGAGAAUUAGCCAGUCAGGAUUCCACUCUCAAACUACCACAGCUAUUCAAGGAACAGUUUCACGAUUACUUCUCAGAGAUAUUGCUGUCUACUAGUCAAGUUUAUUCCGAAAAAGGGGGAUUCACUACCUUCGGCCCUACUUCACUGGACUGUACGGGAGUGUGCUACAACAUUCAAAGCAACUCCAUUCUCUUCAUGGUGUCAACAUUUCGCCAGUCUCAGAGAACGCAUUCGAAUUUAUUCAUUUCUUAUGUUGAGAGAGCACUUAGAACUCUGAGAGAUAUUAUGCAACAAGAAACACCUAAUUCCAAAUCCAAACUAUAGUUAAAUUAAUAAUACAUUUUUUGCUAUUUGUAAAUA